AUGGCGACGGCAAUGUAUUUGGAGCAUUAUCUUGACAAACUUCAAGAAGAUCCUCUACCUCAGUGUGAACACUGUCCGUGUACUCUGACAGUUCGCCACAUUUUGGUGGAGUGCCAUCAUCUCAAACAUUCGUCGAAAGUCUGCUCAAGUUUCCAAGUUAUUAGCAGUAUUAAGAAGUCUGAAGUCUACCGUAGUGCUCAUGCUGAUUUUUACGGUAUUCCUUGUUCUAAAUGUUCAUUUGUUAUUUUUACAGGUCUUGAAACACUUCCAUCAGAAUUGCAAAGAAACUUUAACCUGAUGAGGGAUCUCGAUUCACGUUCACAAGAUCUGAUGAAGCAAAUAGAUAAGAUGGCUUCCGAAUACUUGGGCAACUGUCGAAAUAUGGUUCCCCAUAAACGAACUGAUCAUCUCGAUUCCAUACAGAAGAUGUUUACGAAAAGCAAAGAAUUCGGAGACGAUAAAGUUCAGCUAGCCAUGCAGACAUACGAACUGGUUGACAAACAUAUACGAAAGCUUGAUGCUGACCUGGCUAGGUUUGAGGCAGAUCUGAAAGAGAAAAGUUUAUCACAGCAAAAAGAAAGCUCUGAUGGCAAAAAAAACAAGGAGAAGAAGAAGCGGAAAUCCAUGAAGGAAGAGUUUGAAGAUGAAAUACCCAAGAAAAAGAAGAAAAAAGGACAGCCAUUACCGGAAGAAGAAACACCGCCCUUGCCAUCACUGCUAUCAAUAGCUCAUCCGUCAGAUGUCCUUGACAUGCCAGUCGAUCCUAACGAGCCCACGUAUUGUUUGUGUCACCAGGUGUCCUACGGUGAAAUGAUAGGUUGUGAUAAUCCUGACUGUCCUAUUGAAUGGUUUCAUUUUGCCUGUGUCGGGCUGACCACCAAACCGAAAGGUAAGUGGUACUGUCCACGGUGUCAAGAAGAACGCAAGAAGAAAUGAAAUGUUCCACACUUCACAAUGAUAACAUACGACAAGAAACACUUUUGUUUCGGACUUCACAAAGAGAAAUUGCUCCAGCGACCACAUUUGUUUCAGACUUUAUAAGACAAAAACAACAAAGAAGCAAGAUAAACAUUUGUUUUAGCUACAGAGAAAUUACUCCAGAAACAACAACACUUGUUUUCGAACUUUGCAAGAAAAAAGAAAACGAGAAACACUUGUUUCAGAUUCACAAAGAAAAAUUGCUUCAAGGACAACACUUGUUCCAGAUGUUAAAGAAAAAAAAAACUCCACAGCAAAAACACUUGUUUUAACUACAGAUAGAAAUUACUCCAGAAAUGACGGACUUUCCAAGAAAAAAACAAGACAAACACUUGUUUUAGACUUGAAAGAAAACACUUCAAAGACAACACUUGUUAUGGACUUCACAAGAAGAUAACACUUGCCAUGAAACAGCUUUUUGAGAUCACAGAAGACAAGAAGAACUCGACUUGAUAAAUAGAAACUAUACCGAAGACGACAAAACACUUGUUACAGACUACAAGAAAAAUAACAUGAUAUGAAGCACUCAUUUCAGACUUUACAAGGAGGCAGGAGAUGGGAACACUGCUUCAUUGAAAACUACAAGAAGAAGCAGUAGAAAUUAAACACUGGUUUUUUUCUCACAUGACCUCUGACCUAUAUGCCUGAAACCUUAGUGGUAUAGGGGCAUGUUAAAAGGUACUCUCUCUCUCUGACCUAUGGCACUUCCUCCUUUUUGAGUGAGUGAACUGAUCUCAACAGCCAAACAAAUGGCUAAAAUCUUGCAAUAAAUUCUGGUUACCAUUUUCUAAUCAUGUGAUAGCUACUUCCUUCUAGGAAUAGGGGAAAAGUACUAUAGGUCAGAGGUUGGGUUAAAUAUGCUUAAAAAAAGAAAACGACCCAUUAAAAAAAAAAAUUGAUUUAGAUUACAAGAUUGUGUAUUUGUCAGCUCCUUGUUUCUGAGUAUCCUAGUGUGAUUUCGGGAUAAGGCCAGUCUUAAAAAUAGGAUUAUUUGCUGAAACAUGACUGGAAUAAUUUCAGCUAUUGUGCUUUUUUUUUUGUCACUCGAAAAUUGUUUUGAAUUUCCUAUCUUGUUUUAAUCUUAAUCAUGACUUUUUAUUAUUAUAAAACUGCUUUAAAAGUUUGUUCUUUUGAAAAUUAAAUUGAUGAAAGUUAAUUUUAAGCAAAUCUGUUGAAACAUAACCUGUAGUAAUAGAACCGUAAGAGGUUCAAUAUCCCAUCAACAAUAGAAUAAAACUCCCUGCAGAAAUUGUAAGUCAUGUUACAGCAAAUCAGAUUGUUUUUAAGAUGGACUAGAAUUCCAUAGCUUGUCUAGUGUGCUGUGCCAAUGCUUUGUUAACCCAGUCAGUGGGUAUUCGACUUGUUUUGAGAUCAAAAUAUUUUUGAUUAUUUUGUCUGUGUAUGGUUAAUUUUAUUUUACUCCAUCAACAAAGUUCACUGCAGUGAAAGUGACAGAAAAAUAGGUAGUUAUGUCAUUAUAAGAGAAUACAUAUUUUGUUUCAUGACACUUCAGCACAGUUUAAACUAUGGCCGUUGCUGGUUUUUGUUAAGAGAUAGUUUGUGUAGUAGCAGCAGUUUUCUUCUCUCUUGACCAGGGGCAGGCUUUAGCUCAGUAGGUAGAGUGCUCAUCUGAUGUUCUUGGGUCUUAGGAUCGAACCACCUCAGUGGAAUCUUUAUUUAAUUUUUUUUCAUCCCCAUGACUGGUGUAUCAAAGGCUGUAAUAUGUGUUGUCGUGCCUGUGGGAAAGAGCAUUAAAAAAAAAAAAUCC